GGUACGUUUUUGAGAGGGAGGGGAGGGGCCUGUUUGAAACGGCAGCAGAACGUUGUGUGAAGAGCCCUGGUUUAUGGCCGCUGCACUCCGAAGCUGUGGGUUUUGAAAUCAGUGUUACUUCAAAUGGUGAGUAUGUAAAGGAACUAUAUUUUAAAUUCGACAUUUCUGAUAAAAAGAAACUUUUCACUGAGGUUGACUCAGCUCGGAACAACGUCAGGUCUUUCUCACAAGCAUCUCGAGUGCGUGUGAUGGAUGAGGAGAAGUUGAUCAACGUGAGAUUAUAAAGAAUCUAUAGUCAUCAUGAAACGUUGUCAACUUUCUUCGUUUGAACGUCUUUAAUAUAAACAAAACAUCAGUCACAGAGGUCUUACUUCAGCCGCGGUGCUUCAUUUAGCGUGCUAAAGGUAGCCAACUCUUUUUUUAUCGGUUCACAGUUUAUAGCGUUAGCACAUUCCCCCAUGCCGCGUUUUUCGCCACCACGCCUCUCGUUGAGUCGUUGUGUAGCAGUAAUACAGUUAUUACAGCCGAGGCUGAUAAAUGUUUUGCAGUAGAGUUUACAGAACAGAAGUGCAGCUGUUGAGCUAAAACUUUUUUUUUUUUUUUAACAGGAUCUUUUGAAGAUGCAGUGGAAGUGAUUCUUUGAGAGCUUUGCAGUGGACAAGUUUUGCAGGUUCUGCAUGGCGGCAAGAAGAGAGAUCCAAGACAAAGAGAUGACUGCACACCAGAAGAUGACCUUGAGGGUCAUUCUCACAGAGGCAGAUAUAAGAAAGGUCACCCUGAACACAAGGCCUGCUACCAUGGAGGAUUUAAUAUGCAAGCUUAAAGAAUCACUGGGACUUGAUUACAACUGCAGUCUCCAGUACAAAGAUCCUGAAUUCAAUUACGAGCUGUGCAAUCUCACAGAUAUUGAAGAUCUUCCAGAAAAACCAACGGUAAAAGUCAUUCCUCUACUUGAGCUGGUACCUGUCUCAACACCUGAUGAAAUUUUGAGUGACACACAGAGUACAGCAGAUACAGAAGUCCUCUCACACUCAUCCCAGGACCGACAGACACCAUGGCCAGAACUAUUUUCUAUCCCAGCCUUUUCUGUUGAUGUAAACUAUAGACUAAGACAGGCAGAUCUACUGUAUCUUAGGGACGGAACACACCUAAAAGUAACAAAAGAGCUAAAACAUGUGAUCCUUGAAAGUUUGGCAGAGAGUAUGUAUAGCUACACAGCAUACCCAAAUAAUGCUCAGUUUGAAAGUGUUGCAGCAGCACUGAUAAGUAAGCACCCCUGUCUCCAGGAACGAGGCUCCACCAAUCACUAUAAUGGUUGGAAAAACAGCCUAAAAUACAAAAUGGCUAACUACAGAACAAAGUGUAGAAGAUCAGGCUGCCUUGAUGUUGCGGUAAAUGCAGGUAAACGGGGAGGGCAUUCAGCAGAAGGCGAACCAGCUAACAAGAAUAUCAAGAAGGCCAAGAAAGGCGAGCUUAACUACUUACCCAACUAUCCUGAGGGAUUUGAUCAGUCAGGCCUUGAGGGUGCCCGCAAGCAAUUGAUUGAUGAAAUGCAGAAGAGAACUCCAGAUGGACAAUGUAUAAAACAGAAGAUGGAUGUGACAUUUGCAUUGAGAAGAAAAGAGGUAGUGGAAUCUGAACCUGCCAUAAGCAAGAUUUUGGAAUGCUGGCCUGCUCUUUUCACGGAAGAUCAGGUGUACAUGGAGUUCAACAGGAUUGUGGGCAAGAACCUCAAGCAAGAGUUCUAUGAAAGCAUUGAUCAGCACAGUCUUCGUCUCAUUGAGAUAUUUCAAUCUAAGAGAGGGAACAUUGGGCAGCUUUUGUCACAGCUAUCACAGCAGACUAAGACCAAAGAGCCAACUGACAUUCGGACACUGGUGCUCAGAGGGCUUCCUAUUGUCCUUGGGGACAGUCCCGCAGACUUCUACAAAGAAUGCUCUGACUCUGAUGACUCAUUCUGCCACCUUGACGUUGCUUUGCUCUCCCCAUCCCCCCACCUCAGGCCAGCCUCUCUAAAGAUCAUUAUUGAGGGAGAGGUUGUGAUGGACAACAUUCAAGACCUGCCAAAAGCUAUGUGCAUUCUGUUUGGACUUACUUACGCCCUGCAUCUCAACUAUCCCAAAUCAAUGAGGAACACAUUCCAGUUCAUCCAACAGGUUCUCCUUUCACUGGGCCACAAUGAACUAAAACCCAGAUUACAAACUCUGAAAAAACAGCUUGCACUGUAA